UAAUGUUUUUAUACAAACUAUCACUGGCAUAUAUAUUCCUUAUCAGUUUUUCAUGAAUGAAAUGUGUGCCCACAUAUGUGUAUGAACUUUAUCAUUCCGCUUAGUGGUUUCAUCUAAAAUCUAACACAAUGUCAAUGGUUAAUACAAUUUUCUCUUUGGUUUUGUUACUUAUUGUCAAUGUGAGUAUUUUUUCCUUGGCUAAAGAAUGUUACUGUAACGACAUCGACGAGUUAAAACAGCAUAUGGAACGUAAAAUCGAAGAAGUUAAACACACAUGUAACAAGCGCUACGAAGAACUCGAACAGAAGGUUCAUAAACAAACUUCCAGACGUGCGCUUGUUGGUAGCAUUGCAUUCUCAGCACAACUGACGGUUAAACUGCUACACAUACCCAUUGGUACUACCAUUAAGUUCAACAAGGUGCUCGUGAAUGAUGGACCAGGCUAUGAUAACAUAACUGGCGUUUUUAUCGCACCGGAAGCUGGGGUGUACAUGUUCUCAUACUUCAUUGGUAAUGGUAACAAAGUUGGUCAAAAUUGGGUGAGUUUAAUGCACAAUGGGCAGAAAAUCAACAGCGCAGUUACGGACACUUUCCAUACCAACGAGGACUUACAGGGAGGCAACAUGGCUCUGAUCCGGAUGGCCGCCGGGGAUCGUGCGUGGAUUGAGUCCUUUCACGCCAGUAAUGCAUAUUUAGACGGCCCCAAUGGAUUCACAUCUUUUUCGGGCAUAUAUUUAUAUGCUUGAACUGAAUUUAAGAUUAUUCAAGUCAAAUAUAAUGAAAUAAACAGUGUAAAAAACAA